AUGGAGCAGAAACUUCAGAGUGUGGUCAACACGCUUACCAAGAAGAAGAAGCCUAGGGUGGUGGUUUUGUGCGGAGCAGGUAUAUCCACGAAGGCUGGUAUACCAGACUUUAGAUCUCCUGAAACUGGUUUAUACAGCAAUCUCCAGAAGCUCAGCUUGCCAUACGCUGAGGCAGUAUUUGAUAUAGAGUAUUUUCGCAAGAAACCACAGGCCUUCUAUACUUUGGCUGAGGAACUAUAUCCGGGGAAGUUUUCACCCACCAAGUUUCACUACUUCAUCAGACUACUUCAGGAUAAGCAGUUACUGAAAAGGGUUUACACGCAAAAUAUUGACACCCUCGAGAGAAUAGCCGGUGUUAAAGAUGAGUAUAUCGUCGAGGCGCAUGGAUCAUUUGCAACCAACCAUUGCAUAGAUUGCCGGGCCGAAAUGUCGUCCGAAGAGCUUAAGAGACAGAUGGACGACAAGGCCAGUGGUGGUAUUCCCAGGUGUGCAAAAUGCAAAGGAUAUGUCAAGCCCGACAUCGUAUUUUUUGGGGAAGGGCUUCCGGCUCGUUUUUUUGAUCUGUGGGACGAUGACUCUGAGGAGAUCGAUUUGGCGAUAGUAGCAGGAACAUCACUGACCGUAUAUCCUUUUGCGUCUUUACCUGCUGAGGUUGAGGCUAAUGCUAUCCGUCUUUUGAUAAACAAAGAGCAUUGUGGUGACUUCAAGCAGAAUCCAAGGAAGACCGAUGUUCUGGCUCUUGAAGAUAUCGACGAGGUUGCCGAGACAUUGGCUAGGUUAUGUGGAUGGGAGGACGAUCUUCGCAGAUUGGUGGAAACCACCUCCAAUGAUGAUGAAUCCGAUACUUCAAGCAAUAUCGACGAAGCAAAAGUAAGAUCCGAAGCUAUUGCCUCGAGUAUCACAGAGACAGAAACCAAGGAGGAAACCAAGGAGGAAACAGAGGAAUCUGCUGAUAUCGAGGAUCUCUCUAAACAGCUUUCUGGUCUUUCAGGAAUUGGUAAGCAGGGUAAGAUACCAAAGAGUGAUCAAUAA